AUGGAGAACGCUGAAGAACCGUCCCCGCAACCAGCCGAGGCCGAACCCAUUGCGACCGUGGAGAGCUCGGAUGUGUCCAGCUCCGAAGAACAUGACCCCUCCGAACAAAAUGUUGCCCCUCACAUUAUCGUACGGUUGAUCCAGUGCUACUCAUGCUCGAAGCCCCUGCGCACUCCAUGCCGGUUACCAUGUGGAAAUACUGUAUGUCGGGAAUGUUUGCCACCCGUCCGACCGCGUACUGGGAUCACGUAUCCAGUGGCGCAGGGUAGAGAAGAGGGAUUUACAUGCUACUGGGACGGUCAAGGUGGUUGUGUUGGAGAGCAUUGCGUUGGGGACUGUGGGACUGAUGUGGUGCUUUGCUUCGUGGUUGGGAUUUUCCAAGAGGAAUUGAUGUGGACAAGGCAGGAUGCCGAGAUGCGGAAUGCGCACGAUACGAAUGGCCGCGCUAUUUGUUGGAGGAGAGAUUCAAAACACUCAGAAACCAUUUCAGAGCUCCAGAGCCUUCAUAUAGGCCAGCGCGCAUGGCUUCAUGGGUUGUAUAGGGCGGCUCAUGAGGGUAACUUCCCUUAUGAUGCCCUUGACGUUGUUUAUGAAGAAGCUGGUGGUUCUGGUGGAGUUUCGCUGCCGCAAGCUUAUAACGAGGAAGAUCGCAUUUGCUUCCAAAAAUUCAGGGAUAGGCUUCGGUGUGAACUAGACUGCCAGGUUUGCUACGCCCUUAUACUGGAUCCUUUGACCUUGCCCUGUGGUCAUACCUUCUGUCGAACAUGUAUUGCUCGAGUGCUGGAUCACUCCGAUCUUUGCCCGAUAUGCCGCCGCAAACUCGGGAUGCCCACAUCCAUGCAGAACGAGCCUAGGAAUUGGGUCCUCUCAAAGCUUAUUGACGAACUUUUCGCGGACCAGGUCGCAGCUAGGAGAGAGGCUGUCGCCCAGGAUGAACUAGGGGUGGAUCAAGAAAAAAAGUUGCCGUUGUUUGUUUGCACAUUAUCAUUUCCUACGAUGCCGACUUUCUUGCACAUAUUUGAGCCUCGAUAUCGACUUAUGAUUCGGCGAGUUGUUGAGAGCGGGGAUGGUAAGUUUGGCAUGGUCAUGUAUAACCGUCGGGGCCGGCCCCAGGCAGAUGAAAUCGGUGGUGUCCCAUUCAUGCAGUAUGGAACAUUGCUCAUGGUUGAGCGCUACGAGCUGCUGCCAGAUGGGCGCAGUCUAGUCAUUGCCACCGGAGUAUCACGAUUCAAGGUGCUUGAGGCCGGUAUGCUUGAUGGAUAUCAUAUCGCUAGGACAGAGCGCGUCGAUGAUAUCUCUCUGGCAGAAGAGGAGAGGCUCGAGGCAAUGGAGACGGCGGCAAAUGCGAUUCCAGAUCCUUCCCCGGACGGAUUAGAUGUCGAAGCGCCAUUGGACUCGAUGUCGACCCAAGAUCUGAUGCUAUUGACGCGCGAAUUUAUUCGUAAACAGCGCCAAACUGGCGCCCCGUGGCUUCAUCCGCGCGUCAUGUUAGCUUACGGGCCUGUUCCCACGGAUGCGGCCCGAUUCCCAUGGUGGUUCUCCAGUAUUCUACCCAUUGCCGAAGAAGAAAAGUACCCCAUUCUGUCCGCGAUGAGCGUCAGAGAGCGACUGAAGAUCUGUGCGCGAUGGGCAAGGGAGCUGGAGGCCCGUGAUUGGUAA